CUGCAUCUAUUUGUUCAUUAUUUUUGCUACAUUUUCUUUUUUUUUUCUAACAUCUUAUUUCAGGUUAGGGGCUCGUUUGUUUGGCGAGAGGCGAUGGCGUCAUCACUAACGGACGUUGUUGUCAUUCUUGAAAUGUGGGAAGCGGUGAUCUCUUCUUGUUUGGUUCUUUUUAAAUUCUUCGUCGCACUUUAAUCCACCAAGACCUAACUGAAAUGGCCGACUACUGGAAGUCACAACCGAGGAAAUUCUGUCAGUAUUGCAAGUGCUGGAUUGCGGACAAUAAGCCUAGCAUUGAGUUCCAUGAAAGAGGGAAGAAUCACAAAGAAAAUGUGGCUGCCAAAAUUUCAGAGAUUAAAAAGAAGAGCAUUGAAAAGGCGAAGCAGGAGGAACGUAUGACUAAAGAGUUUGCUGCGAUGGAGGAGGCUGCGAUGAAGGCGUAUCAGGAAGAUCUGAAGAGGAUGGAAAGGGAGGCAGCAGGAUCAGGGUCACCAGCCCAAGCAACAACAACAACAACGCAGCCACAACUUCAGGUAAAAGUCCAGCCCCAAAAACAGCAAAAGAAAGAGCAGAAAGGAAACAAGAAGUUCACAGAGAAACCAAAACCACAGGUUUGGGUUGAAGGACAGACAGAUGAUGGACACACAUACUAUUACAACACAAUAACUGGAGAAUCUCAAUGGGACAAACCCGAGGGCUUCAAGGGAGAAGGUUCGGCCUCUGCACUCCCUGGGCAGACUGAGAGCUCUUCAAGCUCUCCUUGGAUGGAAGCCAUCAGUCCUGAUGGUUAUACAUAUUACUAUAACACAGAGACUGGAGAAACCAGCUGGGAGAAACGGCCAGACUUUCCUUCAAAAGAGGCAUCUGGAUCUGGGUCCAGCAAAGAAGAAGAGAGUCAGGAGGAGCCUUCAACCCCUCAGCCCGAGCCACUUUCAGGAGAAGAGAGCUCCAACGGGGCACAGGGAUCUCAGGAAGCUGACCUCCCUGAACAAGCCAGUCAGCAGCCCAGAAUCCCAAAGAUCAGCUUCAGGAAAAGGAAAGCAGAGGCCGAGGCCUCAGAAAAGGAGGGAGAAGAUAAAGCCAGUGAUGAUUCUCCCAAAGAGGAUGCUGAAGAGAUGAAAAAAGAUGAAGAGGUCCAGAGCACAACAGCUGCACCUGAGGAGAAGAAAGAGGAAGAGGUGACACAAGCCAAAAGGCCGAAAGCUGCCAAUCCAUACGGGGCCUGGGAACAGAUCAAGAUAGAGGAGGAUCCGUAUGCCAAUGUGGACUUACAGUUGCCCCAGGUGGAGGGAAGCACAGCCAGCGCUCCAGCCGACCUGCCGCCAGAGCCCAAACCCAAGUUCAAGGAACGCAUCAUCACCUCCCUUGCAGACGAAGGCGGGCCUGCUUCUUUCAGGAAAAACAGGACACAGAACGGCAAGUCCAGGAGCCUCCGACAGAGAGACGAUGACGACUGAAGCAAACAAAUCCAAAAUUCAAGCCAGAAUGCAGCAGCAGGAGACUUUUACACAAAUACAACUCUUUCUAGGAACUUGCUGACAUGUAGAUGCACCAUUUUGAGCUUUGAAGUGUGCAUAAAUAUCAUCUUUUUUUUAAUUUACUUUUUUAGGACAAAUUGGCCUGAGAAACUUGAAGAUAAAGCAAAAAAUCUUUAAUGCAUUAUAUUUUUUUCUAACCCCUAAAUAUGUCUUCAGAAUCCAUUCUCUUUUCUCUGUACUGAGAUCUGUCAUAAUGAAGGUGUGCAACACUUUUAUAGUCUUCAGGUUGGUAUUAUCAUGUAUGUGAUAAUUUUUGUGAUACUUUUAUCAAUAUGAAACAUUUCCUCCUGCAGUCUGGUAAGUGCAGAUGUAUUCACACAGAGCAAUUCAACAACUUUUUGUAUUGUCCACAUCUGUAUUUUUUUUACCAGUGUAAGUUAUGAAAAGCUAGUAAGGCAUCCUUGUGGAAACAUCACUGCGAUACUUGUCAGUUAAAGUGAAUGAAUGUCAUGCUUUAUAAGAUGGGAAAAUGUGAUCUCAAUAAAUGAUUACUCUGGAUACUAGAAAAAAAACAAACAACUUUGCCAGCAAAAUUAUUUAGAAAAUUUAACUGAAUAGAGGUAACAACUGAAAAAAAAAAGAAUUAUUAUUAUUUUCAACUACAAAUUAAAUUUAAAUGCAACUACUAAUUUCAAAUACAGGUACCAGUUAG